AUGGUAUGGCCAUUCCAAGCCUCGAGAUCCUCCGACAGGGACAGAGUUGAGGAGGCCAAUAGGGCGAUAGCUUCUAUAUUUUCUCCUAGUCAUGUGGCCUUUCCCGAUAGCGCUGUCAACGAUUUCUACCCUCAGAACAGUUCGAAUUAUCCGAAGAACCCACAGGCGCAUCAAGGUGAUCUUUCUGUAGGCACGCUUUGGUUGACCACUGCGCAGGACUCCGAGAAAGUUUUUCAUGAGGAGAGAUCCAAGAUCGUAGAAAAGGUUGACUCGGAUUCUAGUUCGUUUUGGCAUCGCGUUUUUUUUUAUAAAACUAAACCUCAAUCCGAAGUCCCCUCAGACUUACUCAGGGUUAGUAGUAGUAAUGCAAGCGACGACAAAACCAUCCCAAUAAAGGUCAAGUCGCUUGAAAAGGCGGGUGAAGGAGAUGAUCAGCCGACGAAAAGUGUAAAACUCAGUGAAUUGCCACCCUGCCCGAUCGCAGGCUACGAACUCGACCUCAAGCGAGGUCUUGUGGAUAUUUAUAGGCGUCCUCCGCACACGCUUUCCAUCAAAGAGCUACGUUUUUUGAUUAUCGAGCUGUCCAGCAUCGAACAACAAGCCAAAAACACGGUGGAUCGUCAGUUCGGCACGCAGAUGAAUAGUCGCGGUUUACGCGGAAUGGAGCUGUUAAUAAACCCUUGUAUUUUAUUGACCGGUUUGUACUUUAUGACUUGGCGAACAGCGAGGCUUUGGCAGAGUGCCCUACCACGACAUUCUUUUAUUUUGAAUAGCGGUUUAAAACUUCUACGUUGGCGUGUGCCGGCGGAGAAAAAAGAAAAGCUCGCGCGUGAGCAUCGUCGCCUUAUGCAGGCGACCAACACGCACCUUUCCCUGUCUUUUAUGAUGGGUCUUUUUAUGGUUGGCGUGUCGUGGGUUACGUGGCCAUCGCUUGAUGUGAUGGAGACGGCGCCUGAAAUAGUGGUGGGAAAGCAAAAUGUGGCCUAUCAGAACCAUUCAACGGCUUCUUUGAAGUGGUUAUGGUUUGUGUAUUAUAAUCACCCGGCUUAUGCUUCGAAGGCUGUAAGCAUAUUGACGCCCCCAAUAUUACGCUGA